AUGUAUGCCGACGUGCCCUCUGACAGCAGGCUCAUACGGACGAUCAAGGAAUUCAGGGCAACUGGUCCUAGGGAACUUACACCGGAUAUGCUCAGGUCCAUCCACGAUGCAGACAAACCGGUGCCCAGGGGCAAAAAGGCGGACAAAGGGAAGCAAGCGACCAAAGCUCCUAAGGGUCCUUCUCCCAAGAAGAGGAAACAGACAAAGGCUACACAAUCACCACAGCCGAAGAGGAGGAAGACACAACCGAAGCGCAAGCUUGUUAUUCCCUCUUCUUCAAGUAACUCAGAAUAUGAGCAUUCGGGUUCGGAUUGGCUCUCAAGGAGGCGAAACCCCUCAAAGAGGCAACACUCCACCUCGCUCACCUACCCCUGA